UAUGCGUCAGCCACACCGCCAAAACCAUAUAAACAAUUUUAUAAUUUGCACUUUUGAAUGUCGGAAAAUCGAUCUAAUAGUUGACGUAAAACGAAAAGCAACGCAUGGAGCAAUUAAAACUUCAACCGAGAAUAGUUUACUUCAUUGAAAGCAGGCAGGCAGGAAGUUGUGAGCAGAUAAAACGUAACCCGCAGGCCGAUCAGCAAAACGUGUGAUAAUAAACCAACUAAAAUUUCGGCUACAUCGCAAGAAAAGUAUGCAACAGCAUUCUUGUGUUUUAUGCUGAAGGAUCAUCCGUGACUUUCAACCUGAUGAAGCCAACUCAAUCCGGCGGCAGUGGGUCGAAAAUGACCGAGCCCAUUGAGUAUGUGACGCUGAUAAGCGACGAUUCGGACGGUGAGCCAUCACCGAAAAGAAAUGCACCUCCUCCCGCCAAUCCAUCCCAGAAACAUAAACAGCCCGAUGAGGACUCCAAUGAUGCACCGGCCACCAGCGAUGAACGACGCACCAGCAGGCGCAAUCGACCAAAAGUGGAUUAUAGCAACCGGCCCAGUGGUAGUGGGGAAUCCGUCUCGAAUGACAAGUCAGGUUCGGGAUCCUUGGGAUCGAAUACUCAACAGGCUGAACGACGUAGCCAAAACCAAAACCAAGCCCGAAAAUCGGAGGCAAAUGCCACCUCUGUUUCCGGUCCGAACAGCGCUAAUCCACGACCCUCGCAGAAUGGCGAAGCCAAGGAUCGAGAUGUGGGCACACCCACCGUUCUAUCCGGUCAAGAGGGCGCCGUCUUUCAAUCUCGCCUGCCCUUUAAUAAGAUGACGCCGAACGAGGAGGCUUGCUUUCCGGACAUCAGUCGCUCGGGGAUUCUGGGCCAUCGGGUGUUCCUCAACAUCCGGAAUAGCCUGCUGCACAUGUGGGUGGAUAAUCCCAAGCUGCAGCUAAGCUACGAAAAUGCCCUUAAGAACCUGCCACCGCCCUUUGAUAGCGAACCUGGUUUGGUAAGGCGGGUGCACUCGUUCCUCGAGCGACAUGGCUUCAUCAACUUUGGCAUCUUCAAGCGACAACGUCCGAUACCCACCAAAAAGCUGGGGAAAGUGAUUGUGAUUGGCGCUGGGAUCUCUGGCUUGGCUGUGGCUCAGCAGUUGCAGCAGUUCGGCAUGGAUGUGAUCGUUCUGGAGGCGCGGGAUCGAGUGGGCGGGCGCAUUGCCACAUUUCGCAAGAACAGUUACAUAGCAGAUCUGGGCGCGAUGGUGGUGACCGGCGUCUAUGGCAAUCCAAUGACCAUCCUGAGCAAGCAGAUCGGCAUGGACCUGGUGCCCAUCCAGCAAACGUGUCCGCUCUACGGUCCGGAUGGGAAACCGGUGCCAAAGGAGAAGGAUGACGUGAUCGAGCGGGAGUUCAAUCGAUUGCUCGAGUCGGCCAGCUACUUGUCCCACCGCCUUGACUUCAAUUACGCUGGCAAUUGUCCAGUUUCACUGGGCGAUGCCCUCGAAUGGAUCAUCAGUAUGCAGGAGAUGCAGGUCAUGCACAAAAAAGCGCAACACAUGCAAGAGAUUAUAGCUGCCCAAACAAAGAUCAUCGAGCAUAGGCGUCGUUUAAAGACACUAAAAGAAAGUAUAGCUACGCUUAAAAGUGAGCGACAAACGAUGGUGAAGCAGCGAAUACCCAAGGGAACGGAGAGCGAUGUUAACUACGGACGCCAGGAGUUCAACAUACGGAACACACAAAUCAAGCUGGAGGAACAGGCAAAGCUCUUUAGCGAACUGCAUGAAGAGGACAAGCAAAUGGAGGCCAAGCUUCGCGAGCUAGAGCAAAAUAGGCCUAGCGAUGUGUACCUCUCCUCCCGCGAUCGCCUCAUCUUGGACUGGCAUUUUGCCAACCUAGAGUUUGCCAACGCCACCCGUCUGAACAAUCUCUCUCUAAAACACUGGGAUCAGGACGAUGACUUCGAGUUUAUUGGCCACCACACCACCGUGCGAAAUGGUUAUUCUUGUGUGCCAGUAGCUCUUACCGAAAACCUAGACAUUCGCGUUAAUAGCGCUGUCAAGGAGAUUAAAUACGGCACCAAUGGCGUGGAGGUGGUGGCCGAAAACUUGAAGACCUCCAAUUCGCAGAUGACGUACAAGGCAGAUCUUGCCGUCUGUACCCUCACUUUGGGCGUCCUUAAAGUGGCGGUGGCCCACGAGGAGUCGCAGCAAAGCAAUACGGUAAAGUUUGAUCCGCCGUUGCCGGACUGGAAACAGCAGGCCAUACGCAGGCUGGGAUUCGGCAAUCUCAACAAGGUGGUGCUCUGUUUCGAUCGCAUCUUCUGGGAUCCUAACGCCAAUCUUUUCGGACAUGUGGGCAGCACAACCUCCAGUAGAGGGGAAAUGUUCCUGUUUUGGAGCAUUAGCUCAUCUCCGGUGCUGCUUGCCCUGGUCGCCGGAAUGGCAGCCAACUUAGUGGAGAGUGUGACUGAUGACAUUAUAAUCGGUCGGUGCAUGUCAGUGCUGAAGAAUAUUUUUGGAAACACCUCUGUUCCGCAGCCGAAGGAAACGGUCGUCACGCGGUGGCGCAGCGAUCCAUGGGCGCGUGGCUCCUACAGCUACGUCUCCGUGGGCUCCUCCGGCAGUGAUUACGAUCUGCUGGCGGCGCCAGUCAUUCCGCCUUCUAGCAAAGAGGCGGAAGGAUUACCACGCCUCUUCUUCGCCGGCGAGCACACGAUACGGAACUAUCCGGCCACAGUGCAUGGUGCCUAUUUGAGUGGAUUGCGGGAAGCUGGACGAAUUGCGGAUUACUAUCUGGGCUAUCCGGAGGGAACGCCAGCGGAUAUCGGCUACUCGGUGGCCGAGGCGGCCAACUCGGUGUCCGUGGGAAACGUGGUCAAGCUGCGCGAUCUCUCGCCCAAUCUAUCCGACUCCCCGUCGUCGAAGAAGUCGGAGGAAAACUCAAAUUCAAACACUGCCGACUCCACGGAGCUACAGUAACCAUGUAUUUAGCUUGAAGAACUUGGGCCCCGCCAUUUACUUCUAAAGCGUUUAGUUUUUGUAUCAUACAAACUUGGGGCUCGCUGUUAAAAACUAAGCUAGACCUAUGUAAAUACCUAAGACUAUUCCACUACACAUGAUGGACUAUUAUGAGUUACCAUUCAACCAAUUAUUUUAUUAUUAAGAUCAAAAUAAGCAAUAACACUGAACAUAGCAAAAACUUUUCAACGUUUCUUUCAGUUCAAAUCUUCUUUUAGGGCGUCUCUAUCCGUGCAACGAAUCCAAUUAUCUUUCGAAACUUGUUCAACUUGUUUUGAUGCGUGUAACUAUUUAUAAAGUGAAAAAUAAUUGCGAAACAUAAAUGUUUAAAAAGGUAAACCCUUUAAGUGUAAUUGUCAAAUAUAUGUUAGAUAACUACAUAAAUUCAGAUUAAUUAUGAGGAUUCUGAAAAACUAUUUAAUUACGAAAAGUGAAAUAAAUUUUAUUUAGGUUUAUUUAUCAACUAA